AUGAUCACCAAGCCUGAAGUAAAAAUGAACGGGCAUCAGCCUCAGGCCAGAGAGAUAGUCAUAAUUGGAGCAGGUCUGAUUGGCGUUUCCACGGCAUACUACCUCUCGAAACAUCUAGACUUACAUCCAGAAAGUAAGAUUACAUUGGUAGAAGAGGAGAACGUAGGUACGGGAAGUAGUGGGUAUGCAAGUGGGUUGUUGAUAAAAGAAGAAGGUUAUGAAAUGUCAAUGACUGGGUAUGACCUUUAUCGAAGUUUGGCAAAAGAUUUUGGAGGAGAUUUGAAAUGGGGAUACAAAGCCAUAGAUUUAUAUGAUGCCAACCUCGAUGUAUCUUCAUCUUCUUCAUUUACGACCUCACACUCCUUCCUCCCACCUUCCACCUCUAUACAUCAUCGAUCUCUUCCAACAGCCAUCUGUCAACCAUCCGACUUCACAAGACACUUGUGCGGAUUAUUCCUUACGCACCCUGGAGCGUCGUUGAUGAUCGCUAGAGCAACCUCUCUUACUUUCUUUCCUCCGUCAUCGAAUGGCAAGCCAAAGGAAAGGGAUGAAGGCAGUGUUGGUGGGUGUGGGAAAGCGAGGAGAAGGAUAAAUGGUAUAAAUAUAGUCCAAAUUAUCAACGGAGUAGAGGAGAUUGUUCAUCUCAAAGCAGAUACCAUAAUCGUCUCUACUGGAAUCAAAACUCCAAUGUUGUUGAAGACAUUAUUGGGCGAGAAGACACAAACGAUGACCAAGGAGAUUGGGCAGAAGGAAUGGAAAGGAUUAGUGAUCAAACCUAAAGAAAGACCCAAACCAUGUGCGGUGAGAAUCAGCCAAGAUGAAGCGGAAGGGGAAGCGAUGGUGGUAGUGAGAGACGAUGGUACAGUAUAUAUAUCACGUCCCCUGUCAUCUCCAUCAUCCUCUAAUAACAAAGAUAAAUCAAAUCUGAUCACAUAUGUCGAAUCGCUCUCUCCCAAAUUCGCUUCUUCUAACGGUACACUCAUCCUCUCCCAAUCGAAAUGGUCGUCCCCUACCACACCCGAUGAUCAACCGCUGAUAGAAGAUCUUUCCCUGAUACCUGGAGGAAUAGAUGGUUUAUGGGUUGGUUCAGGUGGAAAUACAACUCAAGGUCCGGCGAUAGGUCUAAAUUUAGCUUCUAGAAUAUUAGACGGUAAUACAUGA